AUGAAGCUGUGCACUUUUUGUGGCCAAUUCACAUCUCUCUUUGGAACUCAAUUAGUCAAGUACAGUCGGAAAGGGAAGCCUAAGUUCCGCGCAUUCAGACUUUCUCAGGAUGAAAAAGCGUUGAUUUGGUUUUCGCGUGGAGAAGAAAAAGGUUUGAAAUUAUCUGAAGUUUCUCGAAUCGUACCUGGACAAAGAACUGCUGUUUUUAAGAGAUUUUUGCGUCCAGAGAAAGAUCACUUGUCAUUUUCACUUUUAUAUAACAAUAGAGAAAGAUCACUUGAUCUGAUUUGUAAGGACAAAGCAGAGACAGAGGUUUGGUUUGCUGGCCUUAAAUCUUUAAUUGAAAGAAGUCGUAAUAGACGCGCAAGAAGUGAGAUCCCUGAGAUAAAUGACAGUGACUGCUUCUCUGUUGGUCGUCAAUCAAUAGAUUUUAUCCCAAACAAUAUUCCACGAGGUAGAACAUCGAUUGAUUUAAGUUAUCAUAACAGUUCGCCAAUCAAUAUCGGUAGUUCAGAUGUUGGAUAUGAACGUGGAAACAUGUUAAGACCAAGUACGGAUGGUUUUCGGAUUAGUGUCUCAAGCACACCAAGUUGUUCAACUGGGUCUGGUCCAGAUGAUAUAGAAUCAUUAGGUGAUGUAUACGUUUGGGGUGAGGUUUGGAGCGAAGGGAUAUUACCUGAUGGGACUGUUAGUAAAGAGACAGUGAAAACAGAUGUGUUAACUCCAAGACCCUUGGAAUCAAACGUUGUUCUUGAUGUUCAUCAGAUUGUUUGCGGCGUAAGGCACGUCGCGCUUGUGACAAGACAAGGAGAAGUGUUUACUUGGGGAGAAGAAGCUGGAGGUAGGCUUGGACAUGGUAUUCAAGUCGAUAUUAGUCGUCCGAAACUCGUUGAGUUUCUUGCUCUAACCAACAUAGACUUUGUUGCUUGUGGAGAGUAUCAUACUUGUGUUGUUUCGACCUCUGGGGACUUGUUUUCAUGGGGAGAUGGAAUCCACAAUGUUGGGCUUUUAGGACAUGGUAGUGAUAUUAGCCAUUGGAUACCGAAAAGAGUUUCUGGUCCUUUAGAAGGUCUUCAGGUACUCUCUGUUGCGUGUGGCACGUGGCAUUCUGCUUUGGCUACCGCAAAUGGGAAGCUAUUCACUUUUGGUGAUGGUGCGUUUGGCGUUUUGGGACAUGGAAAUAGAGAAAGUUUUUCACAUCCUAAGGAAGUACAAUCGCUAAACGGGUUAAAAACCGUGAAAGUUGCUUGUAGCAUUUGGCAUACGGCAGCGAUUGUCGAGGUUAUGGGUCAGACGGGUACGAGUAUGUCAUCUAGGAAGCUGUUUACUUGGGGUGAUGGUGAUAAAAACAGGUUAGGGCAUGGGAACAAAGAGACCUACUUGCUUCCCACUUGUGUCUCUGCACUUAUUGACUAUAACUUUCAUCAAAUUGCUUGUGGACAUACAUUUACCGUCGCACUCACAACCUCGGGACAUGUUUUUACAAUGGGAGGGACUUCACAUGGUCAACUAGGUAACACAAUCACUGAUGGUAAAUUACCUUGCUUGGUGCAAGAUCGAUUAGUCGGAGAAUUCGUGGAAGAAAUCGCGUGCGGAGACCACCAUGUCGCGGUUUUGACGUCAAGAAGUGAAGUAUUCACAUGGGGGAAAGGUGCUAAUGGAAGAUUAGGACAUGGUGAUAUAGAUGAUAGGAAAACACCAACUUUGGUUGAAGCCUUAAAAGACCGGCAUGUCAAGAGCUUAUCUUGCGGCUCAAACUUUACCUCGAGUAUAUGUAUUCAUAAGUGGGUAUCCGGAGCAGAUCAGUCAAUCUGCUCCGGAUGUCGACAAGCCUUUGGAUUUACUCGAAAGAGACACAAUUGUUAUAACUGUGGUUUAGUCCAUUGUCAUGCUUGUAGUUCAAAGAAAGCUUUAAAAGCAGCAUUAGCUCCAACUCCAGGGAAACCGCAUCGCGUAUGCGAUGCGUGUUACAGCAAACUUAAAGCCGCGGAGUCUGGUUAUAAUUCUACUGCAACAAGGAAUAAUAAUGCAACUCCUGGACGUUCAAUAGAUGGCUCGGUAAGAGUAGAUAAAGAUACAACAAGAUCGUCUAAAGUUCUCUUAUCAACAGAGCCAAUCAAGUCAUCAAGACCUGGAUUCAAACUUGAUUCUUCUAAUGUCCGUGCCUCGCAAGUUCCAUCUCUCCAACAACUUAAAGACAUUGCAUUCCCGAGUUCGCUUACCGCGAUUCAAAAUGCUUUCAAACCUGUUGGUCCUGCCGCUGUUCCACCGCGUCAACUAGCUGGACUAAUGCCUUCGCCUCCACCUGCGAGAUCAUCCUCGCCUUCAAAUGCAAGAUCUUCCUCGCCUUAUGCAAGAAGAACGAGCCCUCCACGCACUUCUGGAUUUUCAAGAAGUGUUAUCGAUAGUUUGAAGAAGACUAACGAAGUUAUGAACCAGGAAAUGACAAAAUUGCAGAGUCAGGUUAAGAAUUUGAAAGAGAAAUGUAAUAAUCAAGGUACAGAUAUCCAAAGAUUCCAAAAAACAGCUAAAGAAGCUUUUGAAUUAGCUGCAAAGCAAUCUUCCAAGCAUAAAGCAGCAACAGAAGCACUUAAAUCUGUUGCAGAACAGUUAAAAGGAUUGAAGGAUAAAUUACCUCCUGAAGUAUCAGAAAGUGAAGCUUUCGAAUCGAUUAACUCUCAAGCUGAAGCUUAUCUAAAUGCAAACAAAGUAUCACACACAUCUUCACUUCUUGCAACUUCGGGACUUGAUCAGCAAGAAACAUCUCCUUCUAAAAACAAACAAGAUCAAAAGACAGAGGAACAAGUAUCACCAAACUCACGUACAUCGAAUUCAUCAAAGCCAAUGCCAAUAAAUACUUCUUCUUCAUCAAGAACAGGUGGAAAAGAAAGUAAAGAACAGUUUGAACCUGGUGUUUAUGUGACUUUCGAGGUAGACAUGAAUGGAAACAAGAUCUUUCGACGAGUUAGAUUUAGUAAAAAGAGAUUUGAUGAGCAUCAAGCAGAAGAUUGGUGGACCAAGAACAAAGAUAGGUUGCUUAAGCAUUAUAGUCYUAAUUCAUCUUCAUCACCAUCAAAUCCAGAGGCUUCUGAUUCACCUAUUGCUCCUCCACCUUCAUCUGAACCACCGUCUGAUCCUUCAGUACCUGAGGAAAGCAACGAAAAGGAACCAGAUUCUGAAGUGUAA